GUUGAAUGCAGUGGACUUGUUAUUCGCUUUCAAAGUGAUUUGUUCGUUUCGCUUGUUUUAUCACUAUGAAAACUGUGCUCAUUCUUUAACCAUGUUGAAUCAAACAUCCACUGAGGCGUUGCUAUCAGCGACUUACGUCGAAAACUACUUAGAUUGCGUUGAAAAUCUUCCGAAUGACCUGCAGAGGCAUUUAUCGCGUAUGCGAGAGCUUGACGUAACAUACAGAGAAUGUCUUCGAGAAGCCGAAAAGCACCUAGCUGUAUGUAUAGGAGCCAACACAGAAGAACGCCGCCGAAGUCGAGCGGCUUUGCGGCUGCAAACUGUGCUAGUAGCAGCUCAAGAGAUAGGCGACGAGAAAUUACAAGUUGUACAGAUACUACAAGACCUAAUUGACAACAAACAAAGGUCCCUUGAUGCAGAUCAUAAAAAGCUAAUAUCUUGUGUGGAGGUGAAGACAAAUGGUACAGUGAAAGAAGAGCCUGCUCCAGCCACAGAGUCUAUUAGGAGUGUGGAGAAGGAGACACCAGCUCCAGUGGUUACACCACAACAUGCACCACCGCCUCCACCACCUGAACGAAGCAAUGAAAAGGAAAAAGAAAAAGUAGACAGAGAUAAGACCGGAGGUGAGCGUUGGUCAAAACGCGCGCGACGUUCACGAACAACAGCAGGUGCGGCUACAGAUGGGGCUGACUCUAGUGAACGAGACAGUGAAAGGCAUGCCCACAAUACCACACACAAGAAAGGUAUCGGCAAGAAGAAAAAGCGCAAAGCACGCCAAGCGGCACAACGUUCAGAAACACCACCGGAGGAGACUGAUGCCAUCGACCCUGAUGAGCCGCGAUACUGUCUUUGCGAUCAGAUAUCAUUUGGCGAAAUGAUUCUCUGUGACAAUGAUCUCUGCCCCAUAGAGUGGUUCCACUUCUCAUGCGUGUCACUCUCGACGAAACCAAAAGGAAAGUGGUUCUGUCCAAAGUGUCGUGGCGAUAGACCAAACGUCAUGAAACCUAAAGGACAAUUCUUAAAAGAGCUAGAACGGUAUAACAGGGAGAAAGAAGAGAAAGCAUAGUCUCGUUAGAUAUCUAGAUUUAAGGUUCAUGUGGAUUUGAAAUCAGUGAAUACAACUGCAAUACAUGAUGGUGCUUGUGCUAGGUAUC